GUGCUCGUACAAAACGAAGCAAGCAUUUAAAGACAGAAAUAACGAAAGUUCGGAGAAAGAUUUCUAUGCGAGAAAGUGGAAUCAGCUGGAGUAAACUUGAACAACAGGAUACCUCUGAAACCGAGUCUGAAAGAGAGAAAGAUUUAUUUGUUGAGAAGAACAAAGGAACAAAGGAAGCGGAAAACAGAAAAGAGAAAGAAAAGGAAAAAAUGAAAGAAUUUGAAAAGAUGAAAGAAAGUAAAAAAGAGAAACAAGAACCUGGAAAGAAGGAAGAAGGGUUUACCUCCACAUCCAAAAACAAAAAUAAAAAAAUCCCUCCAGCUUUACCAGUGCUUCCUCGAGAAAAAGCUUUGGAAGAUGACAUAACCUCCACAAGCUCCGAGUCUCUGCCGUUGCCUUCUCCACUGUCGCCACCAUCUCUGACCUUCUCUGUUUCACCACAACCUCCACCUGUCACUCCAAAAAGAAGUCCAAAAACCAGAGGGCUAAAAAAGAAUGUGAAAAAGAAAUCUUCUAAAACAGCUACCAAGUCAGCAAAUAGUAAUCGCUCACCCAAGCGUAUCACCUCACCCCCACCACUGCCCCCAGCAAAGUCCCCCAAACUCAGCAAACGGACAAGUUCGGCAUCCUCUCCUCCCCCACCUCUUUCCAGUCCCUCAACAAGUCCUCUACCUACAAGGUCUCAUAAAGGUGGUGGGGCUCUAUCUAGCCGGUCCCCGAAAAGAAACACAUCACCUCCCAUACUUAAACCUCAGGCUCCCAUUCCAAGUAGCAAACCAAAGGAUUGGGACAAAGAACACCCACAUUCUCACAGAGGGAGAACUCAGAAGCAUUUGGCUACCCCAGUUCCAGCUGAACCACCAGAAAAAUUGCCUAAGAAAGAUAAACCUUUUACUGGUAGAUCUCGAAGAGCAAGCACUGUCAAGCAGUCACAAGACCGCGAGAAAGAAAGAGAACGUGAGAAGCAAAAAGAGAGUGAACACAAGAAAGAAG